AUGGUUGUCGCCAGGCCGUCACGUGGAGGCACUGGCUCGUCCAGGAAGGAUCGGCUAGAGCAGAUUUAUUGUCGAGAAGCCCAGAAGGAUUUACUCGUUUCCAAGUACUUUGACCAGUGCAAGGUGCGUCGCCAGGAAAGUGCAACGGAUGAUGCUUCUGCAACUUCGCACCAGGACCAGCUUCUUGUGCAGGGCUCGGGCAUCGAGGUCGCGCCCGAGGAUGAGAAGCCUGAGCCAGAGGAUGACGCGGUGUCCUCCUACUCGGUGUCAGCGUACACCACGGGAACGCCGCAGCAGCGCAAUGGCUCCAUUUCGGCCAGGCUACCUACUCCGGUCAUCCGACCAGGAAGUGGCGCUGUGCCUGCCAUGACCCCAAGGAGCAGCAGAGGUGCCACGCCUAGAGGCGCUACGCCCAGAGGAGCCACGCCGAGAGGCGCUACGCCUAGAGGCGCUACGCCGAGCGGUACGAGCUCAAAUGCUGGCCGGGCACUGAACGACGCCGCCUACGCCUCUGCGCCAGCUCCGCUGGACGCCAUCUCCGAGCGAGGCCCAACGCCGGCCGCGUCGGAGCCGAGGUCACCGGGCCUCGAGUGGUCUGUCUUGGACAAAAUCGCAGCAGAGCUGCACAAGCAGGACAACCAGCGAGCAAAGCAGCGAGACCUUGAGCUGAAGCAGAGACUGCGGCAAGAUUUGGACAAGCAGAUUGCCGAUGAAAAGCUGAAGCAGGACCGCGCCAAAGCGGAAGAGCAGCGGUACCUCCAACUGCAGGAGGAGCACCUGAACAACUGGCACAGCCGGAUAGAGCAAAGGGCAGUAGAACGUCUUCAGAAGAUUGAAGCGACGCAGCAAGAAAGAGACUGCCAGCUGGCUAUCAUCCGUGCACGGAGGGAGGAGGAAAAGCAGCAGGAGCAGCAAGAGAGGAAAGCAUUGAUGGACAGCCUUAAUCGAGACGCCCUCUUGGAGAAGCAGGAGGCCGAGGUUCGGAUGAAAGCCCGCCGUGACCAGGUUCAGAAGGCCUUCCAGGAGACCUCCGAGGCUGCGAUGAAGCGGAAGGAGCUGGCAGAUCGCCAAGCCUUUCAAGAGCAGCAGCGGGUAGAGGCCUACGAGCAACUGCGGGCCGAGCGUGAAGAGCACCGGCGGGAAGCAGCCGAGAAGGAGGCUGCCCAGCGAAAGGCGAUUGAGAAGAAUGCUGGAGUGCGGGCAGUGGCAAUGCAGCGCCAGGCCGAUGACGUGGAGUCCAAAGCAGCGCAAGAGCGCGCGGCCAAGGAGCGAGCAAUGGAGCAGCAGGAGCAGGCAAAUCGAAAGAAGCUGGAGGCGAUGAAGUGCCAGACGCAGGAGUACCUUCUGCAGCAAAUGAAGGAGAAGCAGCUUAGAAAAGCAGCUGAAGCUGAGAAAGCCAGGUGUCUGGCACAGGAGAAGGCGGCUGAAGUGAAGAAUAUCGAGGCCAAGGAGCGGGAGCGCGAUGAUUUCAAGAAGAGAAUGAUCCGCGAGCAUCGCUCCGAGCUUGAGCGCCAGAUCGCUGCCCGGGCGAGGCUAAAGCCGAACAAGGAGGCCAUGAGCGACUGCGAGCUGCGCCUCAACAAGCAGCUGCUCGAGAAGGCUGGAUCCGAGAGCAAGGCUGUGCCCUGUCAGCUUUGCGGCGCUGCGUCGGCAGAGACGGAGCCAGGCGAGGCUAGACCUUCGUUGCAGCCGAACUUCUUCAACGCCUUCAGCGAAGGAGAGUCCACAUACGAUGAGGCCUUCUUCCACCGGCCCCACAACGUGCUGGGCUCCGUGAGCUACGAGGACCACGCGAUCAAUGCCGUGGAUGCGAACGUCUUUGAAGAGACCCCGUCUGCAGGCGCUGCCGAAGCGUUGCAGACGUAUUGGCCUGGUGAUGCCCAGGUGAAUGUGAACCGCAUCGGGCCCAAGCCUUCGUGGGAGUACUCCAACGUCGAGUACGUAGAGCCCUAUUUGCCGUCCGGUUCCAGCGGCGAUGGCACCGGUGGCUCGACGCUGAAGGCCGCGCAGUGGUUUGAUACUUCCGUUCUGAAGUACAACGGCUUAGGGCAGCCUCAGUUGCCACCUAAAGGCACUGGCGCACGGCUCAAGGCUGAUGGCUCUUGGGUUCAGCGCGCUAUGAACACUUCCCUGCAGUGCAAGGAGGCAGGCUGCACGGCAACCUCCAAGCUGAAAGUGUACGACCCAUCUGAUGAGGAGGUCUCCCGGUGCAGGCUAAGCAUUCAAGUGCAUCCCACUGACUUCGACAACCAGUGGAGUCAGGAAUUCAUCAAGACAUGGAAAGUGAACGACCACCUGGCGACAGCAAUGUGCAACCCCAAUGCCAUGGGCUGCAAUGCCUCUCAUUGGCGUCCGCUGGUUCCCUGCUUGCAGGACUUGAGCGUGGACCACCUUCUUGAGACGGGUUCGCUGGUCAUUGAGGGCACCAUCAACAAGCUCGUGGAUGAGUGCCCCUAUGAAGGCUUUCUUCUGAAUGGCGUGGCCACCGUCACUUGCAUGGCUCGAUUGAAGCCAGUAUUGCUGGCACGGACUCCACCAAACGCAGAGUUCGGAGGCGCAUCCGCAGCGCUGCGGCAGUACGCAAACGGGGCAGCAGGCACAGCCGGCGCGGCUGGCGGUUCUGGCACAGCUGGUGGCGGUUCUGGCACGGCUGGCGCGGCUAGCGUCUGGGGCUCCUCGGGUGUUCUGGGCGCCGGGGGUGCCCUGGGUGCUGCCAGUGCCAUGGGUGCGGGUGUCGGCGCAGAUGCGGCAGGCCAGGGAGCCAUGAAUGCCAGCCAGAUAGCCACCGCUUUGCGCGACAGGCUCGCGCCGGGGAUGACCUUCAGGUCUGCGGCCAACCUGCGCUGCUGUGCCCCGGGCUGCUCUGCGCGCGGAGUUGUCCAAGUAGACCCGGUGAUCCUGCGUGCCGGCGCGACGUGCCUCCUGAACUUUUCUGUAGUGCAAACGGACUUUGAUGAGGCCGUUGGCAAUGACCGAGAGCGCAUCGAGUUCAUUGACAUCGAGGGCCUGGGCAACGUUUCAACGCACGUCAAGCCUGGCAGGAAUCCGUGCACUGAAGAGUACUCAACCGGAAAGAAGAUCUCGAUGGGUGAUAGGGUCUUUACCGUCUUCCACGACCAGAAUGUCACGCAGCAACUCUUGAAUCCGCCCUUGGGCUUCCUCUCGAUCAACAGCAAGAUUUCGGACCAGGUUGACGACUGUGCCUGGAACGACUCACUUUUUGAUGCCAUGGCGACAGUGACCUGCAAGCUGCCACAGAGUUGA